CUUGCAAUUCAUUGCUGUGUCGAUUGUGACGGUUUCAAUUUGCUAAAAAGCUGAAAGAAGAGAAAAUAUAACCUCAACUGCCUCUACGUACCUGGUGCUUAUUCCGCGAACCCUCCCAUUACUUCAUUAUACCCUUCUUCAAUAUAUAUACAAGACCAUUUUGUCUCUCAAACUAAUAUAUUCUGAAAUUCUAUGGAGCUUAAGUAUAGCACGGCCACCACCUUUCUUCUAUGCCUCCUCCUUGUCACGCCUUACAUUUCAAGAGGGGGAUUGGAUGCGGCAGAGUCAGAAGUUUAUGAAAUUGAUUAUAGAGGACCAGAGACUCACUCAUCAGUAGUGCCUCCUCCUGGUCACUCUCAUGGCAGGCCUUGGAUUCAUCAAGAUAAUGUCAAGAAAUCUCAUAAACCCCAAGGUUUUAGUGGUGAUCACAACGGAGAACAAGCUAACAAAAUUCAUGGAUGAGGGAGUUCUAGAGGAAGUAUCAGUUUUGUUUCAAAUCAUUACGGUUUGGUCCCUUUGAUAUCUUAGGCAUGGAUAGAAAAUAUGCAAAUUGAGAAAUGAUAUAGACGGCAAUAUUCCUUUGUCAUUUUUUAGUAUUCUGCCAAUGGUUGUAAAUUUGAUCUAAGCUACUGAGUUUGUGUAUCUGUAAUUUCUGUUUAAUAUCUUCAAAUCUUAAGAAGGAUGGUUUCUUGUGAGGGUUU